CAUAGAUUAGAGACGUGAUCAUAAGACUGUGUGUAUUCAUAAUAAUUAUUUUAAAAAUGAAAUGAAUAUUUCAAAGUCUUAUGUGUCCCAAAGACUAAAGAAAAACUGCAUGCUAUGUAAAUUACGAUACGUUUCUUCAAAAGUGAAAAAAUAAUCACCCUGGUGUCGGACACUACUACACUCGUCGAUGAGUUCUGACGUCGCAAUAGUAUAUAUUUGCUCAUCUGCUAGUGUUCACUGUGAAUUCUUCUUACUGAACAUUCCACAUUUGCUAGUGUUCACGGCACUCUGAAUACUUCUUACUGGACAUUGCUCAUUUUUCAUGAUUCACGGCACUGUAAGUGCUGCUUAUUGAACAUUGCUCAACUUGUAGUGUUCACGACACUCUGAAUGCGUCUUGCUGAAUAUUGCUCAUUUUCUAGUGUUCAUGGCACUGUAUGUGCUGCUUACUGAACAUGGCUUAUCUUCUAGUGUUCAUGGUACUCUGAAUGCUUCUUACUGAACAUUGCUCAUCUUCAAGUGUUCACGACACUCUGAAUGCUGCUUACUGAACAUUGCUCAUCUUCUAUUGUUCACGGCAUUGUAAAUGCUUCUUACUGAAUACUGCUCAUUUGCUGGUGUUCACGGCACUCUGAAUGAUGCUUACUGAACAUAGCUCGUCUUCUAGUGUUCACGGCACUCUGAAUGCUUCUUACUGAACAUUGCUCAUAGGCUAGUGUUCACGACACUCUGAAUGCUUCUUCCUGAACAUUGCUCAUUUCCUAGUGUUCACGACAUUCUGAAUAAUGCUUACUGAACAUUGAUCAUCUUCUAGUGUUCACGACACUCUGAAUGCUUCUUACUGAGCAUUGAUCAUUUGCUAGUGUUCACGGCACUCUGGAUGCUGCUUACUGAUCACUGCUCAUCUUCUAGUGUUCACUGCACUUUGAAUGCGUCUUACUGAAAUUGACCAUCGUCUUGUGUUCAGGACACUGUGAAUGAUACUUUCUGAACAUUGAUCAUCUUCUAUUGUUCACCGCACUUUCAAUGCUUCUAACUGAACAUUGAUCAUUUGCUAGUGUUCACAGCACUCUGAAUGCUUCUUACUGAACGUUGCUCAUUUUCUAGUGUUCACGGCACUCUGAAUGCGGCUUAAUAAACAUUGAUCAUCUUCUAGUGUUCACGGAACUCUGAAUGCUUCUCACUGAAUAUUGCUUAUUUGCAAGUAUUCACGGCACUCAGAAUGCUGCUUAAUGAUCAUUGCUCAUCGUUUAGUGUUCACGGCAAUCUGAAUGCGGCUUACUGAACAUUGAUUAUCUUCUAGUGUUCACGACACUGUGAAUGAUACUUACUGAACAUUGCUCAUCUUCUAGUGUUCACGACACUCUGAAUGCUUCUUACUGAACAUUGCUCAUUUGCUAGUGCUCACGGCACUCUGGAUGAUGCUUACUGACCAUUGCUCAUAUUCUAGUGUUCACGGCACUGUGAAUGAUACUUACUAAACAUUGCUCAUCUUCUAUUGUUCACGGCACUCUGAAUGCGGCUUACUGAACAUUGCUCAUCUGCUAGUGUUCACGGCACUGUGAAUACUUCUUACUGAAUAUUGCUCAUCUACUAGUGUUCUCGGCACUCUGAAUGCUGCUUACGACCAUUGCUCAUUUUCUAGUGUUAACGGUACUCUGAAUGCGGCUUACUGAACAUUGAUCAUUUGUUAGUGUUCACGACACUCUGUAUGCUUCUUACUGAAUAUUGUUCAUUUGUUAGUGUUCACGGCACUCUGAAUGCUGCUUACUGAACUUUGAUCAUCUUCUAGUGUUCAUGACACUGUGAAUGAUACUUACUGAACAUUGCUCAUCUGCUAUUGUUCACGGCACUAUGAAUGCUUCUAACUGAACGUUGCUCAUCUUCUAGUCGCGACACUGUGAAUGCGGCUUACUGAACAUUGCUUAUCUUGAAGUGUUCACUACACUGUGCAUGCGGCUUACUGAACAUUGCUUAUUUGCUAGUGAAUGCUACAUUACUGAACAUUGCUCAUCUUCUAGUGUUGACGGCACUGUGAAUGUUACUUACUGAACAUGCUCGUCUUCUAGUGUUCACGGCACUGUGAAUGUUACUUACUGAACAUGCUCGUCUUCUAGUGUUCACGGCACUGUGAAUGUUACUUACUGAACAUGCUCGUCUUCUAGUGUUCACGGCACUGUGAAUGUUACUUACUGAACAUGCUCGUCUUCUAGUGUUCACGGCACUGUGAAUGUUACUUACUGAACAUGCUCAUCUUCUAGUGUUCACGGCACUGUGUAUUCUUCUUUUUGAACAUUGCUCAUCUUCUAGUGUUCACAGCACUCUGUAUCCUGCUUACUGAACAUUACUCGUCUUCUAGUGUUCACGGCACUCUGAAAGCUUCUUACUGAACUUUGCUCAUAUUCAAGUGUUCACGGUACUGUGGAUGCUGCUUACUGAACAUUGCUCAUCUGAUAGUGUACACGGCGCUGUGAAUGCUUCUUACUAAACAUUGCUCAUUUUCUAGUGUUCACGACACUGUAAAUGCUGCUCUGCUUUCUGAAUAUUUCUCAUCUCCUAGCGCUCACGGCACUGUAAAUGCUUCUUACUAAACAUUGCUCAUCUUCUACUGUUCACGGCACUGUGAAUGCGGCUUAGUUAACAUUUCUCACCUGCUAGUUAUCACGGCACUGUGAAUUGCGUGAAAAUAGCUAAUAAACAGUCAUAGAUUUGUUUAUGAAUUCAAUUUUCACGAAAGACUAAUGCAAUCAAUAAUGUGUAUACAUUUUUCGGAAUAUGAUCGAGCGACAUUAGUACUCCAAUGCAGUCUACUAAAGGUAAAUAAAACUUUUAUUGCGAUCUUACUCUUCACAGUUUUGAGCUAUUUUAAAAGAUUUCAAAAUAUUUUGAUACUCAGACAUGAAUGUUACAACAACUAGAACAAUGCCUAUAAAUCUCACAAAACUACAUUGUACACUGUAACGACAUGCCGAUCGAUGCGUUUAUCAUUUCGCUGAAAAAAGUUACUAAUUACAUAAGCUCGAAUGAGAAGAAAACUGUGAAUUUUACAUUUUCACACAAAGGAUAAUAGGCUGGCAGAGAAUGGGCCCGGAUAUUUUUGGUUUUGCUUAGCUAAUUUUUAUUUAAACUGUGGUCAUAGAUCUUUGACAAAGGUUCCAAAUAAGAACAGGUCAUAAUUACAGUGUAAGAGGUUUUCUAGUUUAGUAUGACUAAAUCAUUGCCAAAUGUAGAUUGUUAUUUUCUCAGUCUGAGAUAACCGCGAUGUACCAGUUUACAUUUAUGUAUCAAGUACAUUUAAAUGUUUUAAGUGUUCGGGUUUCACGCAUACAUCAAACACGCCCAUGUAUUUAUGAUCACAGUUGUGUUUUGUCUGUGCGAUGACGUCUUAAUACAGUUCGUCCUUAGCUGUCAAGGCUGUUUUUUUCUGAAAAAAAAAAACAGAUUCUGUCGAGCGAGAAAAUUUGACCGAGUAACUUACACGAGGGUCCUGCAAAAAAUUUAUCAUUGGGUUUGGAUUUCUUAAGUUCUACGUUUUAUUAAAAUCAUUUUGUCAUUGGGUUCAGAUUUCUUAAAAUUAUUUUUAUUACAAAUCAUCAAAGUAUUCCCCUUUUACCGAAACACGCUAUUGUAACCUUUUAACCCAUUCGCGAAAAGCACAUAAAUAGUCUUCUGUUGGCAUAGAUCUGUUUAACAUACUGAUGAAUGGCGCUGCCAAGAGAACUUCUGGACUUAUAUUUCUUUCUUGAAAGCAAUUUUCUUAAGCCUUGGAAAUCAAAAAUAUUGCAGGGAUUCAGGUAAGGUGAAUAAGGUAAGGUGGAUGGUUUACAACUCCCACCUUUUCAGAAGCCUCAAAAAGGCACUGUCGUGUAUAAGAUGAACUCCUAGCAAUCCUUUGCUUGGAGUUUUUUAUUGUAAAACCUUUUCACUUUCUUCAGUACAUAUUUCUUGUAGGAUCGUCCAGUUGAAUGACUGGCCCACUAAAAUUGAAGAAAAUUGCGUACAACAUCUUCUUCCAACUAAUGGUUUUCUUGGCAAUAUGUACAUUGGCAUUUUUGAUAAUUUCACUUCCAUUGCUUAUUAUCAGCCCUUUUCUGUGGCUCAAACAUGUGCACCCAGGUUUCGUCACCUGUUAGCAAGUUAGAAAUAACACGACUAUUACAGCCUUUGUAGGUUUUCAGAAGUUCCCGGGCACAUUAACGCGUUGUUCUUUUGCUCCUCGGUGAGCAAAUGAGGUACCCACCUAGCGCAAACACUUUUUCAGAAUUGUUUGCACAUUGCCUUCUGAUAUUCCAGUACAACUGGCUAUAUCUUUCACCGAUAAUCGUGCAUCCUGUUCAACCAUACCCUUUACAGCAGCGAUGUUUGCCUUUGUAACAGAGGUUUUAGGCCUACCAGAACGGAUAUCACUUUCGACAAAUAAUGUUCCAGCUUUUAAAGCUUUAACCCGCCUAAAACCUGUGCGCACUGAAAUUGCCUGAGGUCCACAUGUACCACGAAGUUCAUGAAAUAUCUGCUUUGAAUCUAUAUCAAGCCUAAUGCACUUUUCGUUCAUAUUACAAUGUGACAAGUAAAUUGGUUAGUGUAUAUGACUGCAUGUACUUCAAUUUCAAACAACUCGGACAUUUGAAAAGCAACUUGUACGAAAUAAACGGAUAUCGUUAGCAACUGGACACACCGUUCUUGGAAGUGCAUUGAAGCGUUUUAAAAAUAUCUGGGAUAAAACUACUGAAGCCCAUUAGUAACAGAACUUUUUGCAGGACCCUCUUGUAAAUGAAUUUUAUUUAUUAAAUCGCAUUAUGAGACUAAUUCACAACCGACAAAUGUAUUAGAAUAAACAAAAUGAUGUGAUCCAUAAUUUGAUCAUUUUCUGUAAUUUUCACAUCCACUUACCAAUAGAUAUUUUUCUAAAUAUGUGUGUAAAGUUUAAAAGUGCUGCGUUAACUGAAUAUGCAUCAUCGUUUUGUAGUUGAUGUGUGCACAGGGCAAGACAUAGUAGUAACUGUAUUGUUACUGCAUAGCAUGAUUUUAUAAAUAUCUUGAUUAAUCACGUUUUCUAUUCAAAGACACUCUCAAAUAUGUUAUCAUGGUAAUUUUGAAAUGAAUGAGAACACUAUCCAGUACAUCUUAUUAAAUCAUAAUGAAAAACUUUAAACAGCUUCUUUAAAACAAAGUAACAUAUCAUGGAUUUAAGACUAUUUCUCACUAAUUUGGAUGUAUUUCUGUGAUUCAUCGAGACAUCAUAGUAAUUCAUAAUGCCUUUAGUUGUUGAAGAUAAUAGUGACAUUGAAGUGUCUUUUACAUAUGCCAGCUACGAACGGGAAACCGAAGCUUCUUUUCUUCUGUCAGGGAAUAAAUCGAGGAAAGUUUUGUCAAAUUCGACGCUUUCAAGCGAAAGUGUUGAUGGAGAUACCCAAAAUGGAGGGAAGAUACACGCGCCAAGAUCACGUGGGGUAAUAGUAAUGGCGGCUUGCAUGUAUAUGAGUUUGUCGAGUUUUGGAAUGGCUUCUGCUCUCGGGGUUGUUUAUGUGGAGCUGAUAUCGGCAUUCCAGUGUCUACGAUCAGAGGCGGCACUUGUUCAAGGAUUGUACAUGGGCAUUACAUUAGGCGGUGGACUUCUCUUCAGAAAUAUCGUAACAAAGUACGACACUGGCGCAUGCGUAAUGGCAGCUGCUGCCUUUGCUGCUGUUGCAAUGGCUUGUGGGAGUCUGGCAAGUGAUAUUGGCACAGUUAUUGCCCUUGUAGGAGUUGUCACGGCUUUAUUUGCAAGUGUUAAUAUCCUCGUUUCAUCAAUAGUUAUCAACUGGACGUUUGUUAAUAACAGAAAAUUUGCUCUUGGUAUUCUGACAUUGGGUUCUACAAUUGGACAGACUGCAAUGCCAUACAUUGCUGACGCUUUAAUCGAAGCAUAUUCAUGGAGUGGAUGUUUGCUAAUUUUGAGUGCCCUAGCGUAUCUAAACAGCAUUCCAUGUGGAAUAAUUAUUCAUUUUUCCAAAAGAUAUUUUCAAACUGGAAGGGAAACCAAGACCAAAGGCGAUACGACGUCUGUUGCGAGCUUUUUGACCGACAGUGCCUUCAUGGUCUACAUGGUGUCAUCAUUUAUAUUUGUAACAUUUGGUCCGGUUGAACUAUGGUUCGUUGUGGACGUCGCUGUUCUUAAAGGCUUUGGAGUCCAGUCGGGCGCAACUUUGCUCUCUCUUAACGGAAUAUUUGGAUUUGCUGGCAGAAUUAUGUAUGCCGUAUUUUUGAAAUUUUAUUCAAAUACACGACCGGAAAUACACAUGUGUUACGGAUUUAUCCUCUGGGCUGUAGCCCAUAUUGGCGUUAUUGCCUCGCCAGUAUACUGGGGAAUGUUCUUGUCGAUGAUACUCCGAGGCUUAUCAGCUAGUAUAGUUAUAGUAUUUCUACCGUCUUUGCAACUGGAGCUUCGAGGGUCAGAAAGCUUUCCAACGACAGUUGCUGUAACUAAUGUGAUAAUGGGUACAGGGGAUAUAAUAGGUGGAUAUCUGGGUGGUUACAGCGUUGAUGUAACAGGGUCGUAUAAUCUAAUAUUUUACAUAGCUGCCGUGGGUACUGUAUACUGCGGAAUCAGUAUGCUUAUUAUUUAUGUGAUCUUCAAAAAGAGAAAACAUCAUUCCGGCCAGUAUCAAAAACUGCCAUGAUCAACUCUUCGAAUAACAUUUUCAUUGACAUGGCUCAUGCAAUAUCCAUUCGAGCCAAAUACAGCAUCAUAAAUAAAACACUCUUUAUACUGUAUCUAAACUAGGCAAACACAGCACUACAACUUGCCUUAAGUUUUACAUUGCUUUUAGUGAUUUAGAACAAACAAAUGCGCAUUUUUCACUGAAAAUAAUUGUAAUUGGUUAUUUUUCAUAUGACAGUUAUAUAAAUUAUAUGAAAACGAUGCCGUCUGGGCGUAUCAUGUAAGGCAUUAAGCACUGGUAUUCGCAAUGGGGGUAAAAUAACCUCAGGAAGAGUGAUGCAGUCAUGACUUUUUGUUUGAAUAAGGCUGUUGUUUGUACAACGCCUUUGAACAUGUCACUGUAUAGAAAUGGGCGUUUAAUCAAAUUAUUCAGUUUUAGUUUCAGUUUCUAAUAGUAUAGUACAUAACCAAGCAAUCGGUGAAUAAAAUAGGAUUCAGAAUUAAAAAUGCACAUAUUAUUAUUAUUACUAUUAUUUUCCACGGCACUGUGAAUGUGGCUUACUGAACAUUUCUCACUUGCCAGUGUUCACGACACUGUAAACGCUGAUUUCUGAACAUAGCUUAUUUGCCAGUGUCUACGUCACUGUGAAUGCGGCUUACAGAACAUUUCUCACCAGCUAGGAUUGACGGCACCGUGAAUGCUGCUUACAGAACAUUUCUCACCUGCUAGUGUUCACGGCACUGUGAAUGUGGCUUACUAAACAUUACUCGUUUGCUAGUGUUCAUGUCACUAUGAAUAAGCUUACAGAACAUUGCUUAUCUGCUAGUGUUCACGGCAUUGUGAAUGCUGCUUACUGGGCAUUGCUAACGUGACUGUGUUCACGGCAUUGUGAAUGCUGCUUUUUACUGAACAUUGAUCAUAUGAUAGUGUUCACGGCAUUGUGAACGCGGCUGUCUGAACAAUUCUCAAGUGAUAGUGUUUACGUCACUGUGAAUGCGGCUUACUGAACAUUUCUCACAUGCUAGUGUUCACGGCACUGUGAAUGCGGUUCAUUUGUAAGUAUUCACGGCACUGUGAAUGCUAUUUGCUGAACUUUGCUGAUUUGCUAGUGUUUACGACACUGUGAAUACGGCUUACUGAACAUUUCUCAGCUGUUACUGUUCAUGGCACUGUGAAUGCUAUUUGCUGAACAUUGCAUGCCAUGAAUAUACUACCACUAGAUUCCCUACUGUUUGUUAACUCAGCGCCGUGUAAUAGCGAUGAGUACAGCCAGUCCACCUACCCGUCUACCCGUCUACCUAUCGUUUUAGCACACCCGCUUAGCUUAGUAGGGAGAGCAUUCGUCUACGGAUCGCGGAGUCGCGAGUUCGAUCCCCGGGCGGGGCGUAUGUUCUCCAUGACGAUUUGAUAAAAGACAUUGUGUCUGAUAUCAUUCGUCCUCAACCUCUUAUAAUUUAUGUGGGGAAGUUGGCAGUUACUUGCAGAGAAAAGGUUUGUACUGGUACAGAACAUUGCCCACUUCUAGUGUUCAUAUCACUCUGAAUGCUGCUUACUGAACAUUGUUCAUCUUGUAGUGUUCACGACACUGGAAAUGCGGCUUAAUGAACAUUUCUCAUCGGCUAGUGUUCACGGCUCUGUGAAUGCUGCUUACUGAACAUUCCUCAUCUUCUAGUGUUCACGGCACUGUGAAUGUGGCUUACUGAACAUUGCUCAUCUUCUAGUGUUCACUAUGAAUGUGGCUUACUGAACAUUGCUCACCUACAAGUAUUCCCUUCACUGUGAAUGCUGCUUACUGAACAUUGCUUAUCUUUUAGUGUUCACUACAUAGUGAAUGCUUCUUACUGAACGCAAGUCGCUUCUAGUGUUCUCAGCAAUAUGAAUACGGCUUACUGAUAAUUGCUCAUCUUCUAGUCUUCAUGGCACUGUGAGUGCUGCUUACUGAACAUUGCUUAUCUUCUAGUGUUCAUCGCACUUUGGAUGCGGCUUACUGAACAUUGCUCAUCAUCUAGUGCUCACGGCACUGUGAAUGCUUCUUACUGAAUAUUGCUCACUUCUAGUGUUCACGGCACUGUGAAUAUGACUUACUGAACAUUGCUAAUCUUCUAGUGUUCAUGGCACUCUGAAUGCUGAUUACUGAACAUUGUUCACGGCACGGCACUGUAAAUCCUGCUAACUGAACAUUUUUCAUCGGCUAGUGUUCACGGCUCUGUUAAUACUGUUUACUGAACAUUCCUCAUCUUCUAGUUUUCACGGCUCUGUGAAUGCUGCUUACUGAACAUUGCUCAUUUUCUAGUGUUCACGGCAUUGUGAACGCUUCUUACGGAACACUACUCACUUCUAUUAUUCACGGCACUGUGAAUGUGGCUUACUGAACAUUGCCCAUCUUCUAGUGUUCACAGCACUGUGAAUGCUGCUUACAUGGUUUCCACUUGGGUACAAUGAAGUACAUUUUCAAUGAAAAUAUAGUGACUUUAGAAAUAAAUAUCACACAUUUUUUUUUAGAAAUCAAAUUAAGUUUUUUCACUGCCUAUGUCCCAGAUGAUGCUACAAACAUCAAAACUUUGAAGUUUCAGUUAAACAUUAUACUGAUUUAAUACCUUUAUUUUAGUUAAAAUUUUUAGAUUUUACACAGGGAGUCUAUGAUUAAGUCCGAGUAAAAUGUAAUCAUUACGGAUUCAAAGUACUAGCCAAAUUGAACUAAGUGGCAAAUCACAAUACAUUGUAGCGACUUGGCGUGUGAGUAGAUCGUUUCCGCUGUUGUUGCAGUAUUGGUAACUUUUAUACUUGACGUUUAGCCCAAGUGAUGUCAUAAGUAAGGAGAAAAGUUAUGACGUAGCUUAACUUGACGUUCAAACGUAAGUCGUUUCCAGGCUACAGAUGUCAGUUCCUGAACACAGUUCAGAGCGUUUAGCUGGAUUGUUUACAGCACAAGUAUAUGUUUCAAUACUUCGACAAAUAAACAAGGAAAAGGUAAGAUAUGUCGUUUGUUCAAACUGUUUUUAACUAUAGCAAAGUAAGAUAAAAUAGAUAUAGUCAUUCGCAUGUAUGUGAAUAUUUUAAAUGUCCACAGAAACUCGACAGAAUUACAUACAUGUCGUCUUAAUAUAUCAAUGUUAAGCUAUUGUAUUUUCCAUAUAACUUUAUUGUAUUUUUGUUAAGAAUAAACAAAGAAUUUGUUGUAUGCUACAUAGAUGCGUUUGAUUUAUAAACAUUUUAUUUUAAGGGGACGCAUACUUUGAAAUUAGAAAAAAAGUGGGUGGGGUAUUAUAAAAUUUACCUGCAAAAAAGUACAAGGUUUUGGUAAAUGAAAUGAAUACUGUUUCAACUGUUAUAAGUACACAAAGGAUUGCUCACUAAAAUAAAAAUGAGAAAAACUGAAACAAGAAAGUUAUUGUUGAAUUACAUAAGACUUCUUGUAUACAUUCAAAGUCAACAAUUAAGACAUUUUGGUGCGAAAAUAAUAGUGCUUCACCUUGUCCAAACAUUUAUCAAUGUCCUACAGAUUCUAAUUUUAAGAAAGAAUGUGAAAUAAGUUCACUGCUUACUUAGCAUAUGUGAGCUAAAACACAUUAUUUAGUUUGUUUACAAAGUAGUGCAUAAGAAAAGAUACGGUGGUCAAGGAAUGCCACAUUCCAAAACUAAAAAAGUAUAUUCCCCUUAAUACAUUAAACAUUUAUCGUUACAGAAGUCUAGUGGCUUACAAUAAAGGCCUAGAAAUGAUGCCAUUAUUAAUUUUUAACUUGGUAUUCAUGAACUACAAUGCACUUAAAUAUCAAAACACAUUCAACAAACUUUUGAAAAUGUAUUGUCUUAAAAAUCCCUAAAAUAAGGUAUGAAAUUUGGUUGAGAGGUCCAAUCAAUGUGUAUAUGUGCAAAAGUAACAUUCUUAUCUUGUUCACAGAAGAUACUAAUACACAGCAGGAAUGUCAAUGAUCAAAACUGGACGAAUAUACAGUUAUACUCACUUUGAUGUCAUUUAUAAUGUGUCCUUGAAUUCUCCACCAUACUUUUCAUAACUCUGUUUGCACGAGUUGCACGAGAAUGUUGUCAUUCACGUAAAAAACGGUGUCAGAUAAGUUGUAAAUGCAAUAUCAUCUAAACGUAAUUAAUGGAUUAUGCAGUUCAAGAUAAACUUUAUCUCAUAACGUAACGAACAUGUAUAAUGUUGUAACAACAACUUUACUUACACUGAUUUAAGUAGCAGUCGGUUUAUAAGUGACUUUAUUGACUCAUUUUGUGUUUUGUUAUUGUUGUCAAAAAGUAUAACGGAAGUGCCGCACAACUGAAUCGGAAACCAGUUUAAUGCGCAAAGUAGUCCACUGUAAGUAAUAUUUUUUGACAAAUGUCC